GCUUGGAUUCAUGCAAUGGAGAAAAGACAACUUCCGGAUGGUCCAAAUUCCCGACAACGUAUACAUUUGAUUGGUAGGCUGAUGAAGGCUGUAAAGUGGGCUACCUUGUUCUCACAGUUGUGCUCUGUGAAAGGAGAUUCGCGGACAUCUUUAGAAGCUGAGGCCUAUGCUUCCUAUAUGAAAGCGAACCUUUUGUUUGAGCAAGAUCGGAAUUGGGAUACUGCAUUGAUGAAUUUUAAGAGUGCCAGGGCUGUUUAUGAGGAACUAGGUAAAUAUGGGGACUUAGAAAAUCAAGUGUUGUGUCAUGAGCGAGUUGACGAGCUGGAACCGAGCAUUCAGUAUUGCUUGCGCAAAAUUGGCGAGUCCAAUCUCCAAACCUCUGAAUUUCUGCAUAUUGGGGAGAUGGAAGGACCGGCGCUCGACCUUUUCAAAGCAAAAUUAGAGGUGGUUAUGGCUGAAGCAAGAACCCAACAGGCCGCAUCACUGACAGAGUUCCAUUGGCUUGGUCAUAGAUUUCCUAUUUCAAAUGCAAAGACUCGAGUUGCCAUUUUAAAGGGUUAGUGCCAAUUCUUGCUAAAUGACAAUGGAUUUCUUAGACUAGAUUGUAAGCAGUGUUCUUUGCGAGCAACCGUAUUGCUCAUCCCUGAUGCUUUUUACCCCCACCCCAUGCCCUCAUAACACCACCCAUUUGUCACACAACAUGGAAAAAGGGAGGG